AUGCGCGAUUCCAGCCCCCAUGCCACGAACGAACCAAUUUUGAAAGUCGAUUUCUCCUGGAAGAAGUUCAAGACCAGAAUGAGCGAUGCAGCGACAGACCAGCAAGUCUAUAUCGUUGACUGCCAUCUCAAGAAGCCAUACCUCGAAUUCAAGUAUGCGGACUCUGGCGAAAUAUUUGGCAUCGGAAACAUUCAUACUUUCAAGAUCCACGCCGAUGCGGAAGUCAAUGGCCAGGCCAUACAGAUUCGAGCCAACAAGCGUUGGAUCACAGAAUACACCCAUCUCAGCCAUGCGUACCCCAGCGCUACCGGAGACCCAGUGACACUGAAAUGGAGGACAUCCUGGUCGAUGAAGAAUUGGGACUUCAUCUGCUUGGGGCCUGAACAAGAACCAAUCGCGAGAUUUUCAAGCAAUAUCUGGGCAGUGACCAAGGUUGGCAAGUUUGAAUUCAUGGGCAGCCCAAGCAAAGCGCUGAAGGAGGAGAUCCUUGUGACCGGAUUUACUUUGUACUAUUGCAUGAUUUACCGAGCGAACAGCUUGCCGGCCUUCUUUGGCGCCUUCUUUGCAAGCACUGGCCCAGUGAAGGAAGAGGAGGCUCUCUCAAAGCAACAACAGGAGACCGAGUUGCAGAGGAUGUCUGUGUCAGCAGACAAGACCAAGGUGGCGUAG